AUGAAGGCCUCCUUAUCUCUGCUGCUGCUGCUGGCCCCGGGGGCCCUUUGGGCAGGAAGUGUCCCAUUUAAGACCCACAUCAUCGGUGGUCAUGAGGCUGCCCCCCACUCCUGGCCAUACAUGGUCUCACUGCAGAAAGCCGGCGCCCACCUGUGUGGGGGAGUCCUUGUACACCGGUGGUGGGUGUUGACAGCUGCCCACUGCGUGGCUCAGCCGACCCAACGGCUGAGGCUGGUGCUGGGGCUCCACAAGCUCAGAGACCCUGGCCUCACCUUCCGAGUCAGGGCAGCAGUCCUGCACCCCAAGUUCAAGCCGGCCCCCAGUCUGCACAACGACCUCGCGCUGCUUCAGCUGGACUCUAAGGUGAGUCCCAGCAGGAUUGUUCGGCCCCUGGCCUUGCCCCGAGGGCACCAGGCAGUGGCAGCAGGAGCCAGGUGCAGUGUGGCAGGCUGGGGGCUGACCCAGCAGAGGGGGCAGCUGGCGGGAGCGCUGCAGGAGCUGGACAUGCAUGUGCUGGACACCAGGAUGUGCAACAACAGCCGCUUCUGGAAAGGCAGCAUCACCCGCAACAUGAUCUGCCUGGAGGCCAAGUCCAAGAAUCAGGCCCCCUGCAAGGGGGACUCAGGCGGGCCCCUGGUGUGCAGCAAAGGCCGGGUGGCUGGAAUCCUGUCCUUCAGCUCCAUAGCCUGCACUGACAUCUUCAAGCCCCCUGUGGCCACCGCCGUGGCCCCCUACGUGGCCUGGAUCAGGAAGAUCAUCAGACGCUCGUCGGCCCCACCACACGCCUGAUGCUCCACGGGUGACCCUGACCCCUUUGUUUGCAGGACCCUGCCUUGCAGAAUUAUGGGGAGGGGCAGCGAGGGGACCGGACACAGCUC